GCCCCUUCCGGCGCGGGGAGGGCGCUGAAGAUCGGGGCCGCUCGGCCGCAGGCCGCCUCCAGCGCCGCGGGAUGUAGCGCGGGGGACCGCGGCCCCCAGCAGAGCCCGCCCGCCCGGCUGUAAGUCUCCCAGGGGCUGCGCGGUGGGCAGGGACUCGGCGGGAGCGCGGGGACCCCGGGGGCCCCGACCCAGGCCUGCGGAGGAGACAGCUGUUGGGGGAACCCGCUCCGACUUGCCAGGGGGCUCGGGCCCCAGCCAAGGAGCCGCCUGGCCUCCAGGCAUCCAGCCGGUCGAGGUUGUAAACAUUUCCGGCCCCUCCCACUGCGCGCCGCCUCCGAGGCGGCCUAGGUGCGGUGGGCGCUCGUCCCCGGCUGUCCCCCGACUCCCGGCAGUCCUUGUCUACCAUCAGAGGGAGAUCUCUGCCCCCUGGGGCUGAGAGACCCCAACCUUUCCCCAAGCUGAAGCUGCAGGGUAUUGAGGUACCAGCCAGAUGUCUUCCCACAAAGGAUCUGUGGUGGCACAGGGGAAUGGGGCUCCUGCCAGUAACAGGGAAGCUGACACGGUGGAACUGGCUGAACUGGGACCCCUGCUAGAAGAGAAGGGCAAACGGGUAAUCGCCAACCCACCCAAAGCCGAAGAAGAGCAAACAUGCCCAGUGCCCCAGGAAGAAGAGGAGGAGGUGCGGGUACUGACACUUCCCCUGCAAGCCCACCACGCCAUGGAGAAGAUGGAAGAGUUUGUGUACAAGGUCUGGGAGGGACGUUGGAGGGUCAUCCCAUAUGAUGUGCUCCCUGACUGGCUAAAGGACAACGACUAUCUGCUACAUGGUCAUAGACCUCCCAUGCCUUCCUUUCGGGCUUGCUUCAAGAGCAUCUUCCGCAUCCAUACAGAAACUGGCAACAUCUGGACCCAUCUGCUUGGUUUCGUGCUGUUUCUCUUUUUGGGAAUCUUGACCAUGCUCAGACCAAAUAUGUACUUCAUGGCCCCUCUACAGGAGAAGGUGGUUUUUGGGAUGUUCUUUUUGGGUGCAGUGCUCUGCCUCAGCUUCUCCUGGCUCUUUCACACCGUCUAUUGUCAUUCAGAGAAAGUCUCUCGGACUUUUUCCAAACUGGACUAUUCAGGGAUUGCUCUUCUAAUUAUGGGGAGCUUUGUCCCCUGGCUCUAUUAUUCCUUCUACUGCUCCCCACAGCCACGGCUCAUCUACCUCUCCAUCGUCUGUGUCCUGGGCAUUUCUGCCAUCAUUGUGGCUCAGUGGGACCGGUUUGCCACUCCUAAGCACCGGCAGACAAGAGCAGGCGUGUUCCUGGGACUUGGCUUGAGUGGCGUCGUGCCCACCAUGCACUUUACUAUCGCUGAGGGCUUUGUCAAGGCCACCACAGUGGGCCAGAUGGGCUGGUUCUUCCUCAUGGCUGUGAUGUACAUCACUGGAGCUGGCCUUUAUGCUGCUCGAAUUCCUGAGCGCUUCUUUCCUGGAAAAUUUGACAUAUGGUUCCAGUCUCAUCAGAUUUUCCAUGUCCUGGUGGUGGCAGCAGCCUUUGUCCACUUCUAUGGAGUCUCCAACCUUCAGGAAUUCCGUUAUGGCCUAGAAGGCGGCUGUACUGAUGACACCCUUCUCUGAGCCUUCCCACCUGCGGGGUGGAGGAGGAACUUCCCAAGUGCUUUUAAAAAUAACUUCUUUGCUGAAGUGAGAGGAAGAGUCUGAGUUGUCUGUUUCUAGAAGAAACCUCUUAGAGAAUUCAGUACCAACCAAGCUUCAGCCCACUUUCACACCCACUGGGCAAUAAACUUUCCAUUUCCAUUCUCCUAGCUGGGGAUGGGGCAUGGUCAAACUUAGCCACCCUCUCCUCAGCAAGGCAUCUACCGGCCCCUCACAGAGACAGUACUUUGAAACUCAUGUUGAGAUUUUACCCUCUCCUCCAACCAUUUUGGGAAAAUUAUGGACUGGGACUCUUCAGAAAUUCUGUCUUUUCUUCUGGAAGAAAAUGUCCCUCCCUUACCCCCAUCCUUAACUUUGUAUCCUGGCUUAUAACAGGCCAUCCAUUUUUGUAGCACACUUUUCAAAAACAAUUAUAUACCCUGGUCCCAUCUUUCUAGGGCCUGGAUCUGCUUAUAGAGCAGGAAGAAUAAAGCCACCAACUUUUACCUAGCCCGCCUAAUCAUGGAAGUGUGUCCAGGCUUCAAGUAACUUGAGUUUUAAUUUUUUUUUUUUUUUUCUUGGCAGAGUAAUGUAAAAUUUAAAUGGGGAAAGAUAUUUAAUAUUUAAUACUAAGCUUUAAAAAGAAACCUGCUAUCAUUGCUAUGUAUCUUGAUGCAAAGACUAUGAUGUUAAUAAAAGAAAGUACAGAAGACACUUGGCAUUCAAA